AUGCCGACGCGCGCAGCGAUAGACACAAGCAACUUGCAGAGAAUGUAUUCUCUCGCCUCGCCCAAAAUAGUCGGCCGAAGAAAAGCCUGGCGCGCGCUGAGUGAGUUCCUCCGCCCCCGAUCGCUGCCCAACCAAGAGGCGCCCACUUUUUCAAACACCAGCUCGGGCGCCGCGUGGAUGCUCCAGAGACUCACGCAGUCCAUCUCCAGGGCCUCGACGCUGCGGCGCCGCAGCCAGAGGGCCUCCGCCAACGGAAGCAGGCCGCCGGAAAGGAGGCCAGGCGGCCUGAGGUUUCGCAGAGACAAGCAACGCGCUGUCGCAGCUCACGCGGUUUCUUUCUGGCGCAGGGGCAGACGGCGUGAAUCCAAGCGAGGGCCUGCAACAGAGAGCGAGAGGCCGUCGCCUGGCCAGACACGGCCGAGCGACGCAACGGGUGGUGUUCUGAGUGGAGACUGCUGUCAGGCUCAGCCUACCGCCCUCCGUUAUCCUGCUGGAGGCCUCUGCGGCAGACAGAGGAACCAUGGCGCCGACGACGUCGAAGGACUGUGGGCGGUCAAUCCCGGCUCCGAUACCCACCUCGCAAGCACCCGCCCCGACGACGCGGCUCUCUCAGUCCACUCUGCCACCGAUGCCGCUGGGGACGGCGCCGUGGACGGGCCUGAAGGGCCCCUGUCCCUCGGCGAGUCCGUCUGCUACCUCUUCACGCUUACGCUGAUAUGUUGCUACGACGCGGUCGCUCGGCUGGUAUCCUCGCCUUUCAAGUGGCUGAACGAGCGAAUCGUGUCCUACGACAUCGACCGCCCUGACGCGAUCGUGGACUUCAUCCGCUUCAUCCUCAUGGAGGAAGGCCUCGAGGAUGCGUCAACGGCGAGUGCCUUGCCGGCUCCCGGCGUGCGCCGAAAGCGCGAACAAAGCUCGGUGGGGGGGGGGGAUCUCGGCAGCCAGUCGACUCCCACCGCGAGCCUCGCCUUUUUGCGGGGCGGGCCUGUGGCUACGCUUCUCAGGCGCCUGACGAGCGCAACAGCGUACGGCUGGGCGCUGGCCGCGCUUGAAGUCGUUUCGCUGCUUUGUCUGGUUGUCGAGUGCAUGCUGACCGACAACGAACAGGCGCGGAACGUCUUUGGAGUGCUGGAGUGGAUUUUUGCCUUUCUCUUUCUUGCUGAGUCCCUCCUCAGGGUUGGCGCGUACGGCUGGUGUCGAGGCGGAUGCCUCGCACUGGGCUCCGGCGCAUCGCGCGCCGGGUUUCUGGUCUCCCUCGUGUCGUGUGUGCUCCUGCUGAUCAACCAGACGCUCUUUGCUGCCGAUUGGCGUAGUUACGCCUGCCGCUUCGUCUGGCAGCUUCCCCUCUUUCGCCUCGUCAAAGUUUUGCGUUCGUUUCGCUCGUUUCACUUGUUUUCGCUUGUCCAGAUGGAGGGCGUCCGCAUCGUGGUCCGCUCGCUUCUGGCUUGCACACGAAGUCUCGUGCUUCUCUCGGCCUUCUUGAGCCUGGUCUUUGUCAUGUUUGCGCUCAUUUUCUCUCGGAUCAUGCGCGUCGGCUACGUGCCGCCGGACAACCCCAACGAGGUCCUGUAUACGUUCCAGACUUUCUUUGAAGCCUCGAUAGGCGUCUUCGUCCUCGCCACCAACGAGGGCUGGCCGCUGCUGCUCUCCAGGCUCCUCGACCGCAAUCCCACCCAGCAAGUCGCUCUGUCGGUUCUCGUCUUCCUCUUCAUCUCGGCAGUCUCGAUCUUCGGGGUCAAGAUGUGCGUGGGCAUCAUCGUUGACGCGUCCCGGAGGAAGAAGGCUCGCAUGGAGAUGGAAGGAAGUCUGCUCAGCGCGACGGUACACAAGUGGAUUGAAAUUCAGGAGCUCCUCUUCAACUCGGCGCUCCAGCACGGCGACACCAUGCCAGACUUCACCGGGGUCGACAGCAAACGGCUCGCGAUGGCAAGGAAGAAAGCUGCUGCACUGAUAACAAGCGGAUGCUUCAGAAUGGCCGUUGCCGUCCAUACGUGCCUGUGCUGUCUCCUUCUUUUCUUCUACGGCCCGUGGUACGACAUGACACUCGGGCCCCAUCGGCAGGGCCGACGACUUGAGCUCCACAUCGCCAUUGUGUGUCUUUCUGCUUUCUUUUUCAUCGAAAUCGGUACGAGAAUCUUUGCUCGCGGCCGCCUGUUUUUUCGCGAGGCGUUGGACAUCCUCGACGUUGUUCUUUGCUGCCUGCUCGCUGGGACCUUUGGCGCUGGCGUCGUUUUGUGGAUGGGGUGGGUCUGGCGCGUGGACGCACUGACCUCCUGGCUCCUAAGUUUACGCCUCUUCCGGAUCGCGCGCUUCCUAUACCGCCAGAUGCCCUUUUUCCAGACGUUGUUUACAACGAUCUCGCGAGUUAUGAAGAGCUUCCUCAGCGUGCUUACGCUUCUGGGCCUCUCGAUUUUCUUCUUCGCCAUCUGGGGGGUCGUCCUCUUCAGCGGCGCCCCAGUAGAAACGUACUUCAAUCGCCACGCAAACUUCAAAAUGCUGCCGAGGGCCGUGAUGGCGCUGAUAGGCAGCUGCACUGGCGAGGACUGGCACAUGAUUCUUCAGCAGCUGCGGAUGCACUACACCGCGACAGACCAGAAACUGCUCCGCGUGACAGUUGUGGUCUUCUUCAUUUCCUUCAUCGUCCUCGUUUUUUUCAUCCUCAUGGAUCUCUUCACCACCGCUGUCCUCGACGAAUACAUGGACACAGUGAAGGACGAGAACUUGUGGAAUAUUUCGUGUCAGAAACGCGUCUUGAUUGAACGCUGGAACCCCAAGGACGAGCUCAGCACGAACUACAAAAGCCUCACUGACAUGAUCGCCCUCCUGAGGACGAUCGACCAGCCAAUGGGCAUAAAGCACCGUUUUCACCCCGAUGAGAAACGGCAGAAAGUGCUCAAGUACAUCGCCAAAUACGGCCUUCCAGUCUACGCUGGGGCGCGAGUCCAUCUUCGGGACGUGGUUCUCAACUGCGCCAAGCGAGCGUGCGAAUUCCACGCCAUGAGUCACGGCGUCAUGGACAUGCAGGACGGCCAGGUCGAGCUGAAUCCGCGCCUCAUCAGCAGUUGGAUGGGGAAGUUUCCCGAGCUUGCCCACGUGGAGACCAGGUACGACCUUCGCCACCACUUGGCCGCGGAGACGCUCCAGAGCUGGUUCCGAAGACAGCGCAUGCGACUCCACGGAAAGCUCGCGAACCCAGAGUGGUGCGCCGCUCGGUUUGUGUCUUUCGUGAUGGAGAGUCGAACGGCCCACCUCCGCCGGCCGAGCGGCCGCGCAGGGCACCGCGCAAGCCAGAGCGAUCGUAGAUACAGUGGGGUCGCGAGGCGGCGCAGUUGGCGGCGGUCUCGAGUGGACUCUGCAGCUGGAAGCUCGCAGCUCUCUGCGACAGCGUCUGGCAGCAGCUCGGAAGCCCUGCCGCAGCCAGAGAGACUUCAUCUUAGGGGGGCAGGCGGGUCAGACCAGGUCAGAAUGAGCUUGCCAGAGUCCAUUUCGACGCGUGGAAGCGUUCCCGGGUCGAGCUCCAACAGCCGCCGGGGAAGCAUCAUGACAGGCACCGACGUUGACCUCGCGCCCCGCGUCCUCUUCGAGUCCUGCAUGCUGGUACCUGAGGGCACGACCACAAAGAAAACCAGCUCGAGAGAACGUCUCAGCGCACGCUCUGCCAGUCGACGCGAUAGUCUGCCGCAAGUUGCGUCAGUGGAGAGCUCCCCGAGUGACCGCCACCUCACAACAUGCAUCACUACCCACCUUUCACAGUCAGAAGAUCCCUGA